GAUGCUGUCUGUAUUCAAGUAUCACUGUAUUGUCCAAACAGUUAACUAGACAUUAUAAAGUUUAACACACUCUAACCAGUGAUGUAAAGGCUAAAGGAAACAGUGUGUCAUUAUAACGCUGUUAUUUAUUUAUUUAUUUUGUUAGUAUGUUUUACGUAUUCCUAUAUAUUUGUUUUAUAUGUUCUGUUUUUAAUGUUUCCAUUUCGUUCGGUAUUAAUGGCAUACCAUUCAAAGCACGCUCUCACAUUGAUUUACAAAGGAUGAAACUAGUCCAAUUUUUAGCACUCAAACCUAAUUUCAAAACCGUCUACUUUUAUUUACACAUCGUGCACGUUAAAAGCACUGUUGCAACACUCCUGGCUUUGCAUUGCGAAGUCCUCCAAAGGCGCACAUCUGCGCAGACGCGAGUCUGCUUUCGACCAGCAUUUGAAACCAAAACAGGAAGUCGUAAGUAUUGUGGGACGUGUAGUUCCGCUCGUAGGCCGCUGGUCUGGAUAACAGCAGACGAAGGAACCAAACAAAACAAAAUUAGGGAAACUUCCAAGGGACUGCAGAAAUACUGGUGCAUCUUUUACACAAUCAUGCCCGGCUUCACGUGCUGCGUGCCCGGAUGCUACAAUAACUCGCACCGGGAUCGCGAUCUGCGGUUCUACACCUUUCCGAAGGACCCCACUCAGCGAGAGAUAUGGCUGAAGAACAUUUCGCGGGCCGGGGUGAGCGGCUGCUUCAGCACUUUCCAGCCCACCACCGGACACCGGGUCUGCAGCGUCCACUUCCCCGGCGGCAGGAAAACCUACACCAUUCGCGUCCCGACGCUUUUCCCUCUGCGCGGGGUGAACGAGAGGAAGAGCAGGCGCGGCAGGAGCAGGAAGGUCUCCGCGGUCGUGCCCAUCAUCAGCAACGUCGUUUCCACCGCUAACGAGUCCGCGCCCGUGGAGGAAGAGGGGGACACCGAGAACACCACCGUGGUGCAGAUAGGCCAGAACGGCCAGUACAUCGCGCCCGUGGACCUCACCGCUUCAGGGGACGGCUCCUGCCUCGCGGCGGUGGUCUCGGGAUCAGACGGAAACCUGACCGGAGGCAGCGCGUCUUGCCCCGUGGCCGAUCUCGCGCUGUGCGGGGUGGACCACUCGUACUCGCUCACCACCGGCACAACGUCCGCUGAACUGCUGAGGAAGCUGAACGAGCAGCGGGACAUCAUCGCGCUGAUGGAGAUCAAAAUGAAGGAGAUGAAGAACACCAUCCGACAGCUGCGGGUCAACGAGGCACGGCUGCAGGAGGAGCUGCGGGAGCGGGACCGUCUGAUCUCCGCCAACACCAUCAUUAAGAGGAAACUCUGACGAACGACGCACAGAAACGACGGACUAAAGACGCAAAGGACAGUCUGUGUUCGGUGCUUCUGUAAGACACGGCGACGACAAUUAAGUAUCAUCGUAGUUCUCAUUUAAACUUCCUCCAGGACUCAGAAGUGGUAGAUAGGCUGUGUGUGUGUUAGAGCGCAGAUACAUGAGUUCAACUUGUAUGCUCGAGCUGUCCGGCACAGCGCUACACGGGGACUGAGCAGACUGGUCCUUCUCAUUUUAUAUUUAAUGAUGAUACACGUUUGUGCUGUUUGUGUGUUGAAGGCAGCAGAGCCAAGAUCUGUCUACUGCCACACUUCAUAACCAUGUUACAUGCACACAGAGACUGCUUUGUAAGUGUGUAAAUAACUGCUUAUUAUUUGGGUUUCUUUCUUUGUUUUUAAUAUCUCAGUGCAUCAGAUCAGAGCUUCUGGUCCAGAUGAACCGAUUCUUUACAUGCAGGUUAACACAGUUAGAAAAGAUGAUUGGU